AUGGGUGGACCUACCCGUCUCCGUUCCCCGCCUCCGCCCCCGCGAUAUCCGCCUACCCGGAGUCCCGAGCCGAUUGUAUUUGAUGAGCCUGCCGUACCCUUCCCACACCGCACAGCGAAUCAGCAAGCUGCAUUCAAGAGGUACUCCCGUAUGGCUAUGUACGUUGGUGGAAUGGCAAUCGUCUUGGGAGGCACCAUCUACGUUGGCUGGCACUCACUGGAUGCUGACGAGCGUUCAAGCACGAGUUCGAGCCUUUCUCACAUUGAGACGCUUGGGAUUUCUGAGUCGCAGCCUGCGCAGACGGCGCAGUUUAUGCUGCUAUCACUAAGGCGGUCAACGACUAUCAUCAAGGCAGUCGCCUUGUGUGUGUGGGACUACCGUCGCACACUGAAUGCCAAAUACGCUUCUAAGGACGAUGAAGAGGAGAGCCUUCGUAAAUGCCACUUGCGCUCGGCCCAGCGUCUGCUGGUCGCACUACAGACGAAUGGUGGCUUGUACAUCAAGCUGGGACAGCACAUGUCCUCGGUGAUCCUGCUGCCGCCUGAGUGGACCACGACCUUGCGCCCUCUGCAGGACCAGAACGAGCCAACACCUUUGCCAGAGCUUGAAGCUCUGUUCCAUGAAGAGACUGGUAAGACCUUUGACGAGGCCUUUUCGUGGAUGGACGAGAAGCCUCUGGGUGUGGCUUCGCUUGCGCAGGUGCACAAGGCGCGCGACCGUGAGACGGGUCAGAUGUUGGCGGUCAAAAUGCUGCACCCCAACGUGGAGCGCUUCUCGCAGGUGGAUAUGCGCAUGGUCACCAUUCUUGUCCACUGGGUCAAGCGCGUAUUCCCCGAUUUUGCCUUUGACUGGCUUGCGGACGAAAUGAACAAGAACAUGCCUCUUGAACUAGACUUCCGCCACGAAGCAGGGAACUCGUCGCGCGCGCAGCGCGAUUUUGAGCAGUACAAGAACACAUGUGUGGCCUUCCCUAAGGUGCCGUGGGUGUAUCGGCGUGUGAUGGCAAUGGAGUUCGUCGAGGGCUCGCGACCGGACAACCUGACCUACCUGGCCGAACACAAGAUUGACCGGAACCGAGUUUCACAGGAACUGUCGCGCAUUUUUGCCCAGAUGCUCUACAUGCACGGCUUUUUCCAUGCAGACCCACACGGCGGCAACGUGCUCAUCCGCCCGCGUCAGCCUGGUUCACGCUCUAGCGAAAACUUUGAGAUUGUGUUGCUUGACCACGGGCUGUACUUUGCCAUCGAUGAGGAAUUACGCUCCAAUUACGCACGCUUCUGGCUGGCGCUGCUCUCGCGGACGACGCCCCAUGUUACGCGUGAGCGGCGUAAGUACGCCAAGCUGGUGGGCAACAUUGGUGACGAUUUGUACCCGGUCCUUGAAAGUGCGAUUACGGGCCGAUCCGGCCUCGAGGGCAGUGACGAAAACAACCCUAGGGGUAUCCAAGGUCGCGAGCGUAUGUCCUCUUUGUUGGACCUCGACUCUAGUGUGACGAUGUCCAAGGAGGAGCAGGAACAUAUCCGUAAGACUGUUAUGGAGAAAGAAGGAAUCUUGUUGAAUGUGAUGGAGCUCUUGCGUCGUGUACCGCGCCCUCUGCUGAUGGUCCUUAAGAUAAAUGACCUCACACGGUCUUUGGAUGCCAACUUACAUACAACCCAUGGACCUGCACGUCCAUUUAUCAUUACAGCUCGCUACUGCGCACUAGCUGCUCGCAAGAACGAUAAGGAGAAGUUGACGGCACGUCGAAAAGCUGAAGGGUUUUCUUUGGUGCUGUUCGGUGAUAUUCUCUGGUCGUGGUGGAACUAUGUGUAUUUCUACGAUGGCCUCAUGUUCCUCGAGGGUCUCUCCAACGUCCGUGCGCGCAUCGGGAAGUUCGCAUUGUACGUGAGCACGAUCCUGCGCCAUGGCUUUGAUACCCAGGCUGCACACAUGGCCGUGAGCGGUAUUGCAGACCAGGAGAAAACACAGACGGCCGAGCGCCAAGCCCGACAACAGGCCAUGGAGGCCCUAGAGGCUGACUAG